UCACACUUAGCUCAGAUCAGCGUCUAACCAGCGCUGCCUCGCCAACCCCCACGUCAUCAUGGCGUUCGUUAAGGUCCAGAAGACGAAGGCGUACUUCAAGCGGUACCAGGUGAAGUUCCGCCGCAGGCGCGAGGGCAAGACCGACUACCGGGCCCGCAAGAGGCUCAUCUGCCAGGACAAGAACAAGUACAACUCGCCCAAGUACAGGCUCGUCGUGCGCUUCACCAACAAGUUCGUGCUGGCGCAGAUCAUCUACGCCACCAUCCAGGGGGACGUGUGCAUGUGCCAGGCCUCCUCCACCGAGCUCCCCCGGUACGGCUGCAAGGUCGGGCUCAAGAACUACGCCGCGGCGUACUGCACCGGGCUCCUGGUUGCCCGCCGCCUGCUCCGUCAGCUGGGCCUCGACGAGGCAGACGACGAGAAGAAAAUGGAAAACCUCUACACCGGUCAGGGAGUUGGCGUGGAGGAGGACGGCGACGACGACGAGGACGAGGUCGACGGAAACGUGGUCAAGUCCGAGUCUAACGGACGCACGUACUACGUCGACGAGGUGGACGAGGAGAAGCGGCCGUUCAAGGCCCUCCUUGACGUCGGCAUCCGGUCUACCUCCACCGGCAACCGCGUGUUCGGCUGCAUGAAGGGCGCCGCCGACGGUGGUCUGGACGUGCCCCACAACGAGAAGCGUUUCCCCGGCUACGACCGCGACACCAAGCAGUACGAUGCCGAGCUGCACCGCGACCGCAUCUACGGCGCUCACGUGGCGGAGUACAUGGAGUACCUGACGGAGGAAGACGAGGCCAAGUACAAGGAGCACUUCGCGUCGUACAUCGAGAACGAGCUCACGUUCGAAGACGUCGAGGACAUGUACAAGGAGACCCACAAGGCCAUCCGCGAGGACCCCUCCCCGGCGGCGAAGACGGCCUACACGCCGGACAAGUCCUUCAAGAACGCGGUCAAGCUCACCUACGCCCAGCGCAAGGAGAGGGUCGCCGCCAAGAAGGAAGAGAUCCGCGCGGCCCGCGCUGCGGAGGACGAGUAGACGAUAUACGCCCGCCGCCGCCGUCUGUCUCUUCGGGCCAUACCUUUCCGCGCCCCUAUCAUGUGGUCGGUUGCAGUAGCACCUCGUCGGUCGUGUUUCUUUUUUGGUGCGCGUUCGUGUGGGCCGCCUGUGGCUGUUCGCCGGGGGGGGGGCGUGACUUGCCGUUGUCCUGUGGUGGGACCUCGGCCUGUGCUGCUUAUGGCGGCGAAAGAAUUGUGGGGAUGGUUCAUGGGGAUGUUGUGUUGUCGUUGUCCCAGGAGGACUUGACAAACGCAUCAACGGCUGAAAAUUAACGAUCUGAGCUAAAACGAAUGCGGAGUUGGUGAGCUCCAUAGUUUUUUUUU